AUGGCGAGGUUGACUGACGCGAUUGCGAGAACGAGCGAGUAUGUCAGCUUCAUAAAGGACCUUCAAGACUUUCACAACAGAAAAGGCACACGAUUACAAGCCGAACCUGUACUAGGCGGAAAGAAACUAGACCUUUUGAAGAUAUACCAAGUAGUCAACGCUGCUGGUGGUUUUGAAGAAGUGACCAAAAACCGAGGCUGGAAACAAGUCGGGGACAGCUUUGGCUUCCCAUCAACAUGCACAAACAGCGCCUAUAUACUCAAAGGCCUUUAUAUUCGCAACCUUCUUGGAUGGGAAGAAGAAAAAGUCUGGGGAAAAGUAUGGGUUCCUCCUCAGGAACUAUAUGGCCCAGCUGCGCACAAACCAUGGACAUUAGCAGGAACCUCGUAUCGCAAGAAAAGACAGGGCCAGGAACUACCUACGGCACCCUUAAAUGACGACUCUACGUCAAAUGACACCAAUACUUCAAAAAGACCUUGUAUUGAGUCAGUGAAAGAUGCACCGUAUAAUGAACCCAUCCAGAACGUAGACCCACAAAUAGAACAAGUCCUCAAACACGACUCAACAGAAAUCCAAACGCCAGCAAACAAAUUUGACGCAAAUACCAAGCAAAGAGUAUUGUUCGCAUUGCAAUUUGGAACGGAGACAAAGAUCGAAUGGGCAUUAGAUUAUAUACUGACAGUAUCUUUCGAAUGGACCGAUCAUCUCCAACUAAACACCACACCAAUCCUACUCGACAUGCUUGUUAGUCUUGCCUCACCAUCUCUCAAACAAAAACCUGUCGAUGCAAAAAUAGUCAAAAUAGAAGGGAACGAUAACCAAACCGAUACAAUCGAAGAAAUCAUGAACAAAACGUUAAACAUAAAAAUGAUAGACGAAGCUACUCAAAAUUCGCCUACGCCGCUCAAACGCAUCCUAAAAAUAUUACACAUCAUCCGAAAUUUUUCACUUGUUGAGAUCAAUACAUCACUAUUGGCUGGUAGUGUGAGACUCAAUGACAUGCUACUCAGCUGCCUUGAACUCUCUCUCGAUCCAGAUCACCUCGAAUUGGGACGACAAAGUAUCGACAUCCUGGUGAAUAUUGCAUCUACAGCGCCUCUUGCUGGUCCUACAGAUGCCUACAUAUCAUGCCUGGCAAACCUGAUAGACUCACCAGACCGCCAUUUGAUCAUUGGCUCUGUCCGUACUCUGACCAAUAUGGCCCAGAAUGACGUUAAUCGCGAAUACCUUGGCGUUGAACUUAUCCCCCGUGUAACAUCCCGAAUUAUUCAACUCUUGUUGUCGAAUGAUGAAGAACUGAUCGGCACUAUUCUCGAAUACCUCUAUCAACAUGCGCUAGUGUCAGAAAUGUUUUGCUCACAACUCUUGGCUGCUCAUUCAGGGGCAUACGUUGGUCUCCUGGUAUCUCUUCUGUCCUUUCGAUCAAAGUUCUUUUGUCCAAAGAUUGUGCGUGAUGAUAUAGAUUUUCUUUUCCAGCCACAGGCCUCGUUCUCUCCAGAUGUCAGCUCAAUGUCAUCUAUGUUCUGUACAAGCAAUGUGCCAUACAUGCCAAAUCUGAGUGCAUACCAAAAGCUUGAUGAGCCAUACAGAUGUCUGGGAUGGCUAAAAGACAAAUUCCAAGUAGCAGAUCCAAGUAGUGUUGUAUCUCUAGACGACAUGUACCUCCUGUAUGAAUCCCGAUUUGGACUAGAGAAGGCGCUUAAAAUGAAAGACUUUUACACGGUUCUGAAGAUUGCCUUUCCAAGCUCACCUAAUACGAUAACAGGAAACUCAGAUAAUUCUACUACUAUGCCAGUCGUAGAAGGUUUGUUUGUGCGCGGAAUACAGAUUAGCCUUAGUAUUCUCCAAGAUGACUCUACCGUAUUCUGUCAGUGGGAGAAUUGUACAAUGCCAUUUGACGACGAGGUUUUGCUUCACCAGCAUGUAUUAAACGAUCACUCAAAACCAGUCUACACUAAUACAGCCGAUGUUAAACCACUACCUAGUGCAAAUACGCCAGAAUCAUUGACAGACAAAGAUGUGUUAAUAAGUCACCUCUCGAGUCAGGUCAACAAUAAUUUAGACGAGGAAGCAAAUGAAAAUAGACAAGAAGACGAGGAUAAAUGCAAUAUUGGCAGUAAUUCAAAAGACAUUAGUUGUGAUUCACUACAACAACCUCUUACUCCAGUAUCUGUCACCAGUUCACCAGUCUCGCCCAGCACGACCUAUGCAAAUAUCGAUAGCUCAGAUAUCAAGGGUGUUGCGCUAGUAGCCGUGCAUCUACUGAGAUUGCUUUCUCAACAAACACAAAGCCAACCGUACUUUACGCCUUACGAAAAAGAUUUGACAACGUUGGCUGAACAGAAACCAAAGCUCGCAUUUCAUAUUUGGUCAAUGUUUAGUACUUUCACUCUUGCAUAA